AUGUGUGGCGGUGCCAUCAUCGCUGACUUCAUACCCCGCCGUGGCCCCCGUCGCCUCGCCGCCUCCGAGCUCUGGCCAAAUUCCUUCGGAAAGGACGAUGACUUCGGCUUUGAUUAUUCCCAUAUCGCUAAUCGACAACCCUCCACUCCCAAAACGGGCCAACCUCCCAAAGUUGGUGAGCAAGUUGAGACUAAGCCAGUGAAAAGGCAGAGGAAGAAUCUCUACAGAGGGAUUCGGCAGCGUCCUUGGGGAAAAUGGGCUGCGGAGAUUCGCGAUCCUAGAAAAGGAGUUCGUGUCUGGCUGGGCACCUUCAACACUGCGGAAGAAGCUGCAAGGGCCUAUGAUCGUGAAGCUCGAAAAAUCCGCGGCAAAAAAGCUAAGGUGAAUUUCCCUAACGAGGACGAUGAAUAUUCCAUUCAAGCUCGUAAUCCAACUCCACCCCUUCCUUUCGCACCCCAAAACCCUUCCUUGUAUCAAGAACAGUCCCGUUGUGAUCUCAAUAAUGCCCCUAGAAAUCUCAACUUCGAGUUUGGUUAUGAUCUGAACCAUGCUGGGCCAUUUUCGUCCCACGUGGACUCUGUCAAUGCUGACUCGGUUGUUGUGUCCGGCGACGAAAAUUCAGGGUUAGCGUCGGGUUCAGAGGGUGCUUAUUCGACGAGCGAGUUCAUGGGAUCUUGUCAGAAUGUGAACGGUUAUUUUAGUGGGACAGUGAUGGAGAAGGAGAAACAGAUAGAGGCGAUUGAAACUCAAGAGGAAAAGAACAAAGUGCAGGAGCUUUCUGAGGAACUGAUGGCAUACGAAAAUUACAUGAAGUUUUAUCAGAUUCCGUACUAUGAUGGACAAUCUACGCCACCGAAUAAUGUUCAGGAAAGUGUUGUCGGGGAUCUCUGGAGUUUCGAUUGA